AUGCCAGGAUAUCGGCGUCCAGUCGCUCGCCCUUCUACCACAACUCCAGGAUCUCGAUAUUUCCAUACAGACUGGAAUUCUCGACUAACAACACCCCGAACGUUUGAAUACACUCCCAACAGACCGUCGCAAACCUUGCCCUCCGCUACUGAUGAGAUUUCUUGUUUUCCGCUGCCUGUGAAGGUUCAAAAUGAGAAUUUGGUUCUAUUCGUAGACUUUGAUACGCUGGGAAACAGCUAUUCUGAGCCACCGCGUGCCGGUGUCGACGCAGAGUCUAAACUCUGGGAGUAUUACAACAACGUGGCUCGUGUGGCGGAUAAAGAUAUGUUGAAACGCUGGCAGGAUGACAUGACGGCGCUACUUAUCUCUGCCGGUUUAUUUUCUGGUGGCGUCGUCACCGUCUUCCUUAUCAAGUUUUACACGACUCUGCAGCCUGACUACGAAAAAAUAUCGAUCCUGCAGCAGCAGCUGAUCUCAGUCAACCUUCAGGCACUGUUCAACGCGACCGCAGGUGCUCCGGCAUACCCCAUCUUUGACACGACCGAUGCGCUAUCGAAUUUCCGUGUUCCACGGUCUGCCUUGUGGAUACAGGGCUUAUGGUUCUCAGCCCUAGUAUGCGGUAUAUCAGUGGCCUCACUUGCUUCGCUCGUGAAGUCAUGGCUGCUCGACUAUGUGAAGAGCAUGAAUAGCGGGAGCACUUAUGACCGUGCGCAUCGCCGGCAGCAUAGACAUGAUGCUCUUCUAAGUUGGCAUGUACCUGCAAUCAUUGCCUCACUCCCAGUUCUCAUGCAAUUGACUGUCGUGCUCUUUUUGAUUGGCCUUGUCAUUCUGAUGUGGCAGCUAAACCAUGUUAUAGGGUGCAUCAUGCUAAGCAUGGUCAUUCUCUUAGCCAUAUACUGGAUCAACAUGGCUGCCUCUCUUCUGGCCAUCAUGUCCAUACAGAAAUGUGGUCUUGCUCCUUCUUUUGGAGAUGCUAGCUUCAUCUGCUCAAAAGCUGAAUAA